AGUUUACUCGUCUGUUGAAUUUCAAGUACGUCAUGUCAUUAUGUCAAGAAGUUUUCUCUAUUUUAUAAUCUGUAAUUAGCAAAUUGUUAGUUGUUACAGAUUCUAGCUUAGCUUGCUUCAUAAGUUUCUAGUUCUGCUAGUUCUCUGUAUUGUAAAUCUGUUUCAGUUGUGCAGUUCUAGCUUUUGAGGUUUUUCAGAUCUUUUUGCUUGCUGGACAGUAGGUUUUGUCAUGUCUGGAAGAGUCAAAUCACGACAAGGUGGUUCCAGUGCUGCCCUAGAGCAAGCAACACUUUCCAUCAAUGAGAGAAUUCUGAAAGAGUGUCACACUCUCUACACAGAUUCAGACAAAGGUCUUGUACGUGUUGCUGAGGAAGUUGGUCUGAAUUUGCUUGCUCCGCGCAAGAAAAUCACUGUGAUACUUAUUGGUAAUCAUUCUGCCGGAAAAUCAUCGUUCAUCAAUUGGUACAUCGAGGAGCAUGUCCAGCGAACAGGGGUUGCCAUUGAAACGCAAGGGUUUACUUUCGUUACAAGUGGACGCAAGCGGGAAUCACUCACUGGCAAUGCAACUCUGCAUCUAUACCCUCAUUUCAAACCGCUACAAGAAAUUCCUGGUGUGGUGGAUUACCUCAACACCGAAAUCUCUACUUCUAAGCAAAAGAAAUUUAGCUUGGUGACUUUUGUUGAUACGCCCGGCCUGGUCGAUGGUGAUAUGAAAUAUCCGUUCGAUGUCAACGAAUCAAUUGAAUGGCUUGGCGAACUGGCGGAUUUAAUCUUUGUUUUCUUUGACCCAAUUGGGCAAGCGCUGUGCAAGCGAACCCUCAAUCUCGUGGAACAGCUGAACAUCCGUCAUCCAGAACGCCUUCGGUUUUAUCUCUCCAAAGCGGAUGAAGCUGGAACAGAAUCCGAUAGACAGAGGGUCAUGAUGCAGAUCGUUCAAGAGUUAUGUAAACGACCGGGACUUAAUAAGACGGGUUUCGACAUGCCGACGAUUUAUAUUCCCAAUCCUAACAAGCUCGUCCGCUGCGUGAACCAAAUUGAAGAUGUUUGCAAAGAUAUUGAAAAAACGAUCAAUCAGACAAUCCAGAACACGCUCAAUACUCUGGAGAAAGAUUGUGAAAAGAUCGCACAACUUGUUGACAAGCAGAUUGAAGAUGACAACAACGCUAAGUCGUACAACUUAAGAGCGUCCGGAAAAGGGAUUAUGUUCACCUUGUUGGGCCUUACCAUACCAUUAAUGCUCAUCAUCAACUUUGCUGUGUCUAACGCAUCUCGUGAAUUGCUUGCCUCAUUGGUUGGAGAUAACGGGGCGGACAUGCUUCGUCUCUAUCUGUCCCCAGUGCGUCAAUUUUGGGAUCUCAUUCCCGAAGAAUCUCAUCUUACUACCCUGUUGGUGCUCAUUGGCGUGUCAUUGGUGCUGCUCGGAUUGGCACGUUGGUCAACUCGUCUGAAGCCAACGCUUUCGCGUGGCCAAAAACGACGCCUGGCCGAUCAUCGUGAAUUCGUUCAGACUACCGUUAAAACCAAAAAGAAAACUUUGUAUCAAGAUUACCUGCAACAAAGUGUGGCUGAACAUGAUCUUUGAAUUUCAUCCCAGAUAUUGUUAUCGGCAGUCUCCGACUCCUUCUCGACAUCGCUAAGUACUGUAUUCAUCAACCUUCUACGGCCCGUGCCUUUUAAAACAUGUUUGAGAACAAACGCACGCCUUGCAUGAUGUACAAUCCUAUUUCUUGUUACGCCACUUUAGGUCUUGCCAUUCCCCAAAAUUUUUCUCUCAAUUUCAAUCAAAAUCUCUUACUCUUCCCACCAGCAAAGGGCCUACCCUAUAUUCCAUCAAACCGUGUGAUUUCAACCUAUAAUCUCUUUUCUUCUGGAGAAUGUGUCUCUGUCCCCCUAUUCCUUAAUGCGUGAAAUACAAUUUAGGUGAUGCCUUGGAAAAGAA